CUCAAUCAAAAUGCCAUUCCCAUUCCCUUUCCACCUACAAAAACCCAUCCACAUUCCAUUCUUCCCAUACCCUCUUCCCUUCUCUAAACUUAUUGAUUUUGCACCCUUUCACUAUUUUCACAUAACAUUUCACAACUUAUUCUCAAAAAAAUAUGAGAGAAAUUCUCCACAUCCAAGCUGGGCAAUGCGGCAACCAGAUUGGCGGCAAGUUUUGGGAGGUCGUGUGUGAGGAACACGGCAUCGACACCACCGGAAACUACAUCGGCAAUUCUCAUGUUCAACUUGAAAGGGUCAAUGUGUACUACAACGAGGCAAGUGGUGGCCGGUACGUCCCUAGAGCGGUGUUAAUGGACCUAGAGCCUGGUACAAUGGACAGCCUGCGUACCGGGCCCUAUGGAAAAAUAUUUAGGCCCGAUAACUUUGUUUUCGGGCAAAAUGGGGCAGGAAACAAUUGGGCCAAGGGGCAUUACACCGAGGGAGCUGAGCUGAUCGAUUCGGUUCUUGAUGUUGUGAGGAAAGAGGCUGAGAAUUGUGAUUGCUUACAAGGGUUCCAAAUAUGCCAUUCACUGGGAGGAGGGACAGGGUCCGGAAUGGGGACCCUGCUCAUAUCAAAGAUAAGGGAAGAAUAUCCGGAUCGAAUGAUGCUCACUUUCUCUGUCUUCCCUUCCCCUAAGGUCUCCGAUACAGUGGUUGAGCCCUACAAUGCCACCCUCUCAGUCCACCAGUUGGUCGAAAAUGCCGACGAGUGCAUGGUUCUUGACAAUGAAGCCCUCUACGAUAUCUGCUUUCGCACCCUCAAGCUCACCAAUCCCAGUUUUGGUGAUUUGAAUCACUUGAUAUCAACCACCAUGAGUGGAGUCACUUGUUGCCUCCGAUUCCCAGGCCAACUCAACUCCGACCUCCGCAAACUCGCUGUCAACCUCAUCCCCUUCCCUCGCCUCCACUUCUUCAUGGUCGGUUUUGCCCCCUUAACCUCCCUCGGAUCCCAACAAUACCGCGCCCUCACCAUUCCCGAACUAACCCAACAAAUGUGGGAUGCCAAAAACAUGAUGUGCGCUGCUGACCCCCGCCACGGCCGCUACCUCACCGCCUCCGCCAUGUUUCGCGGAAAAAUGAGCACGAAAGAGGUUGACGAGCAAAUGAUCAAUGUCCAAAACAAGAACUCCUCGUAUUUUGUUGAGUGGAUCCCAAACAACGUCAAGUCGAGCGUCUGUGACAUCCCACCAACAGGGUUGUCAAUGUCGUCAACGUUCAUGGGGAACUCGACAUCAAUUCAGGAGAUGUUUAGACGUGUAUCCGAACAGUUUACGGUGAUGUUUAGGAGGAAGGCUUUCUUGCAUUGGUAUACAGGAGAGGGAAUGGAUGAGAUGGAGUUUACCGAGGCCGAGAGCAAUAUGAAUGAUUUGGUUUCGGAGUAUCAGCAGUAUCAGGAGGCUGUGGCUGAUGGUGAUGAAGAAGAAGAAGAGUAUGAGGAAGAGGGGAUGACAAACUAAGAGGGUUUCCAAUGAUAUAUAUGUGUUGUGUUUGUUAUGAGUGAGGUGAAUAAAAAAGGGGAAUGCUAUUGAUCUUGAGUGAUUGGGUUUUCUUUUCACUGUAACAAUGGCGUGAGUUAUUUUUCAGAUUGCUAUUGUUUAUUGAUUAUGUGAUUUGAGCGUAAAUAUUGUUCACAAUGAUAUUGAAUGGAUUUGUUUAUUAAACAUGCCCA